GAGCCCAGUCGAGCCCAGCCGAACCCAGCCGAACGUAGCCGAGCCUAGCCGAACCCCGCACCCGGGCCGCCGCCGCCGCCCGAGCGCCGCCGAGCGAGCUAGCGAGCCUCCGCGGCCGCGGAGGAGGCACCGCCCCUGGGGGAGGAGGUGCCAGCUCGCCGCAGACCGCCCGCGGCAGAGGCCGCCCCGGUCGCGCCGCGGCGGGAGCGGCCGGCGGAGGCUGCGCGGCCGAGGGGGAGGGCCGGGGGAGGUGACAUCGCCCCUGCCCGCCUCCAGCCCCCCCCUCCCAUCCCGCAGGCUCCUGAGUCUCAGUCGGCGCCCAGCAUCCCGCAGCCCCGGACCCUCCCGCGGGCGCGCACACCGGGCUCAACUCAGGCUCAAGACUGCAGGUGGACAUCUCCAUUGCCCAGGAAUCAUUGAGUGUGUGGACAGAACAGCCUCUUUGGAAGGCCAGCUGUACUGGAGUCCUGCCUCGGCAUGGGCCUUGCCAUCGAGCCAGCCCCGUGGUCUGUGCUGGUCUGAGGGUGCUGCCUGUCAUGGGGGCAGCCAUCUCUCAGGGGGCCCUCAUUGCCAUCGUCUGCAACGGCCUUGUAGGCUUCUUGCUGCUGCUGCUCUGGGUCAUUCUCUGCUGGGCUUGCCAUUCCCGCUCUGCGGACAUCGACUCCCUCUCUGAAUCCAGUCCCAACUCCAGCCCUGGCCCGUGUCCUGAGAAGGCACCCCCACCCCAGAAGCCCAGCCAUGAAGGCAGCUACCUGCUGCAGCCCUGAAGGCCCCUCACCUAGCCUGGAGUCUGGGACCUAAGUCUACCCCACCCAGAGCCUGGAAUCAGGAUCCCAUGGUCUAGCCAGCCUGGGGUCCAGAACCCAGAAUCCAGCCUGUCUGGAGCUGGACCUAGCAGCCCAGAGUCUAGCCAGCCUCGCUCCAAGAGGGGCUCUGGUGGCCCUAGGUAGACAGGCCUGGGGUGGGGAUCAAUGAGUUGGUGCUAGGGCCAGGGCCACCUCGACUCUGCUCCAUACUGAGGGCCACGGGUUGGGUCCACCUCUCCCUAGGCCAAUCGCCUCCAGGCCCUUGACGUUGGGGAAGCAAACUGGAAUCCAUGGCAAUAAUGGGAGGGUGUCCAGGCUGGGCCCCUCCUUGGGUCCUCCCACUGUUUGCUGGAUAAUAAAUGGAACUAUGGCUCUAA